ACCAUGUUCAACCCUUCCAAUGAUCCAGAACCUAGUGCCAACCAUUUCGAAAACCGCAUAUGCCUAGUUAAGGCAGACAUAAUUAACCAACUCCAAUCACAAGCCAGCACCAUGGAAAGAAAAAGGACUAAACUAGAGUCUUUCAGUGCACUUUUGUGGAAAAUUAGUGCCAAAAGUGCUAAAAACAAAAGGGUAUCAAAAUUGGGUAAUGUUGUUGAUGGUAGGACAAUGCUUAGCUUUGGAGACAAAGAGAAAACAUCACUAAUGUCUUCUUACUUUGGAAACAUGUUGUCUAUUCCCUAUGAUACUAAGAAAAUUGAUGAGCUUGUUGAAAAACCAUUGAGUUGGGUGGCUAAUGAAGUUCAUGGAUUUUUGGAAGGUGCAAAGACUAAAGAACAUUUCUUGGAUUUGAUAGAUGGGGUGGAGGCUCAUCGUCCAGCGCAAAGUUUGGCAAAGGUAUAUAGUAGUGGCAACAAAGAAGGACAAGCUUUGGUGGUUUCAUAAGGACAACAUUUUCCAAUAUCAAAGGUGGAUUUUGGGUGGGGAAAGAGUGCAUUUGGGUCAUUCUAUUUUCCAUGGGGUGGGAAUGUUGGGUAUGUGAUGCCAAUACCAAGUCCAUCUGGUAAUGGUGAUUGGGU